GGUGGGGGGGCAGUGGGCGAGACGAGGUUGAGUUUUAGAGGAAACACUGUUCAUGAUCAUGUAGAUAGGCAGAGGUGAUCGAGGAGAUAACACCAAUUGUACAGCGACUCGGGAAACAGGCGACAACCCAGAAGACUGCCGUGGAUCGCGGCUCACACAGUGGAGCUGACAGCCUGGUAGGGGCUCAAACAGACUGCGAAGCAAAGGGAGAGGAAGUGCUGAGUUACGUGGAGGCAACAUCAAAAAGAGAUAAGCCAAUGGACAGCCAGAUGAGCACCAUACAGUUGCGUUGUCGUCCAGAUGAACACCCGUCCACACAUGACGGGGACAGGUGCUGCAAGCUUUGCAAGGAAGGACAGUUCAUGGUGGCCGAAUGUGACCAGAACACUACAACCAAGUGUCAGCAAUGUGGGCAUGGUCACUACAUGGACAAGCUGAACUAUUUGGGAAAAUGUCAACCCUGUAAAGACUGCCCUUCCAUCAGCUUUCUGGAAAGGGAAUCCGAGUGCAAGAUUGACACAGACACACAGUGCAAGUGCAAGGAGGGCUACUACUGCCUGGAGAAGGAGUGUGAUCAUUGUCGCCCUGCCAAGAAGUGCCCCGCCGGAGAGGGGGUCGAGAUGAAACAUACCUCAAAAUCUGACACAGUGUGUGUGCCGUGUGCCAGUGGAGAGUACAGCAAUGUGACAGACCUAUAUGCACCUUGCCUGAAACAUACCGACUGUAAAAGUCUCGGCUUGGAAUUAGUAACUCAUGGAACGAAUACUGCGGAUGCCAAAUGUACUCCCAAUCCCAACACAGAGUGUCUGUGGAUGGUACCUGUCAGUCUCUGGGUGGGCUUUGUGGCCACGGUACUAGUGGUGAUCAUCGUGUAUGUGUACUGGAGAAGGAGCCGGCAGUGCCGCGCACAGAUCACAGGGUCCCAGUCCACAGAGAACCCGGGUCACUUAUCACUGAUUCUGCACGAAAACGAUCUGCAUUACCCAACAUUAUGCUUGGAUGACAAAUUCCACAAUCACCCCCCUCCCUGUGAAGUUCAGAUUAGUGACUUCACGGGCCCCUCUGAAAUUGAGUGUGACGGGGUGACCAUGACAGUACUGACGUCGGCUGAAAACUUCAGCAAACCGGCUACAGCUGGAGAUGCCAGAGGGAACCUCAAUCAUAUGUCGCUGUGUCACUCGGAGCCUCAGGAAGACGAAUGGGCUGAAACAUGACCGAACACACACAUGCUGACCAUGAGGAAUAUAUGUGUGCAACUUUCUGCUUCGUUGUGAUGUCUUUUUUCACUGUUCUGUCUUUUAAUAAAAUGACAUUCAGAGAAUUAUCA